AUGUUUUCAGCAACAUUUCCUAAAACAAUGGAAGCAUUCGCACGUAAAAGUCUCUAUAAUCCCAUUGAAGUGACCGUUGGUGUACGAAGUAUUGUUUGUAAAGAUAUUAUACAAAACGAAGUAAAUGUUACAAAUUUAAUUCUUGUUGUUAAUUAUGAUUGUCCAAAUCAUUAUGAAGAUUAUGUACAUCGCAGUGGACGUAUGGGUCGAACAGGAAAUAUGGGUUAUGCUGAUACAUUUAUUACACCAACACAAGAACGUUAA